GUCUAGCUCCUUUGGUCUCUCUGCUUCUUCUUCUCCUUCUUAAAAGAAAAAGAAGCGUUUGGUGCGUCUCUCGUGCUUCUCAGAAUCUUGGAAAAUGUUGGGUAGGCUAGCUGCGAAGCGUCUUCUGGAGAUCCGUCAAGUUUUCCGUCAACCACCGUCUCAGGCGUCUCGUAGCUUUUCAACAGCCUUGAACUACCACCUGGAUUCUCCUGAUAACAAACCUGAUCUUCCUUGGGAGUUUUCAGAGGCCAACAAAUCUAAGGUUAAGGAGAUACUCUCUUACUAUCCAUCAAACUACAAGCAGUCUGCAGUGAUCCCUCUUCUAGAUCUUGCCCAACAACAGCAUGGCGGCUGGCUCCCUGUUUCUGCUAUGAAUGCGGUCGCUAAAGUUAUAGAAGUUGCUCCUAUCCGUGUUUAUGAGGUUGCAACAUUCUACUCAAUGUUCAACAGGGCAAAGGUCGGAAAGUACCACCUCCUAGUUUGUGGCACAACACCUUGCAUGAUCCGUGGUUCACGUGAUAUCGAAUCAGCUUUGCUAGACCAUUUGGGAGUGAAACGCGGUGAAGUUACAAAGGAUGGUUUGUUCUCUGUUGGAGAGAUGGAAUGCAUGGGAUGCUGUGUGAAUGCGCCCAUGAUCACUGUGGCAGAUUAUUCCAACGGAUCAGAGGGAUAUACAUACAACUAUUUCGAAGACGUUACACCUGAGAAAGUUGUAGAGAUCGUUGAAAAGCUGAGAAAAGGAGAAAAGCCACCGCAUGGAACUCAAAACCCAAAGAGGAUCAAGUGUGGACCGGAAGGAGGAAACACUACAUUGCUAGGGGAGCCAAAGCCACCGCAGUUCCGUGAUCUUGACGCUUGCUAAGCUAAGUUCUUUAAGCCCGGUGGGUUUUAUGUGGUUCAAAUAACGCAAAAGGCUAUAGUUAUGUUUGAAGCCUAUAGCAUCAAACUGAGUUUGCAUACUCUUUGUAGUCUUCUUGAUUUGAAAUUUAGACUCCAUUUUAAAACGAAUGGCCAAAAGCAUCUUCUUUUGUUAUCAUCUCACUUCCAAGACUUUUGUGAAAUUGAUGUAAUAAAGACUUUUGUUACAUAAUGUUGAUUUGUUUUGGGACAUUA